GAAACUUGCAACUGAAAUUAUGUGCAGUUGAAAUCUGAGUGUAGGGAAGUUUUGUAAAAGUGUAGUCACUACGCCAGACUCGAAAGAAAGAUUCGCCAUGGUGGUGGCGCAAUCUUGUCGAAGCAGUGGUGGGGGAGGGAUUGGAGUUGGCAUGGCACGUCUUGCCUCCACUGGCUGUGGUCUCACUCCUCGUGAGCUUUCUGAGUGUGAUGACUUAGUCACUGCACUUGUUAUAGAUCCCAUACUUGGCUUCACUUCACACAAAAUGGCCAUAAGAUAUCGGCCUCUCCACAACUGCCAGGCCCCAUGCAAAAGUAUUGUGGAGGACUUUAAAGUUCACCAAAACUACACAAAAGCUUAUAAACAACUCAUCUCAGGAGAAUGGAUUCCUUACAAGGCCUACCUCAACAAAUCCAAAGCUUAUCAAGUAGCAUUCCAGGAACAUGUGAUGCGCUACUUACGCGUCUAUGACGUCAACAGUGGCUUUGAAGUUCAGAUGUGCAACAGAUACAGUAUGGAAGGCAGGAAAGGUGCAAAGAUUGCUGCCACCAAGAAAUGGUACAAGAAUGAGCAAAUAACUUUCUUGGUGGGCUGCAUUGCGGAGUUAAGUGAAGAAGAAGAGGCUCAGAUGCUUGUGCCAGGCAAGAAUGACUUCUCAGUGAUGUACUCCUGCCGCAAGAACUGCGCUCAGCUCUGGCUUGGACCUGCAGCUUAUAUCAAUCAUGACUGUCGCUCCAACUGCAAGUUCGUAGCCACGGGUCGCGGCACAGCGUGUGUAAAGGUGCUGCGUGACAUAGAAGUGGGCGAGGAGAUCACAUGCAUGUAUGGCGAGGACUUCUUUGGUGAUAACAACGCCUACUGCGAGUGUGUUACGUGUGAACGGAGAGGAAUGGGCGCGUUUGCCAGUGAGCAGAGUGAGAAAGACAGCUCUAAAGGCUACAAAUUACGCGAAACAGACUUUAGACUACGCAAGAAACGUCAGAAAAUGGACGAGCAAGAUGGCGGCUGCAGUGAUACGGGAAGCAACAGCGGUAGUAAAGGUGAUGUUCCCUGCCAGCCCUCCUCUGGUGUAUUGCGUCUCAAUGGAGCCGUGAGAAGCAAGAGAGAACUUCGGUUUCGUGCGAGCUCCCGAGACUCAGACCGAUCUGAUAGCAGUCGUGCGUCCGGUAGUAGUCGCAACAAAAGGAGAGCUGAUAGUGCUGAAACAUUUAGUGAUCUCAAGCGCUCCAAUAAAGAUUCGAAUGUCUUUCCUAAAGCCAAAAUGAGGAAAGUCAGCCCUCUUUCCAGUGAUCAUAAACGCAGCUCACAAGAAAAGUGCAACGAUUCUCCUAGCAGCAGAAAUGGCCGGCCUGCGAGACGAACGACGCGCAAUGGUCUUCGAGAAAGCAUAUUAGUUUCAGAAGAAGGUAGUGGGUCAUGCAAAUUAGUCAAGAAAAGACUCGUGCAGCUCCGCAACCGCCGCUGCAAUGGUUCCUCAAGCCCCGUGACAAUCGAAGUCAUGGAAUGUACUGCAAAGUCCCUCAAUGGUGUUCCCAUCUCCAAUUUUUCACUCAAUGUUCAUUCCCGGAGAUCGCCUCAGGCUGAUGACGCGUUCAGCGACACAUCAUCCGAGUGCAGCGACACUUCAUCGGUCCCUGCUAGUGGUGAACAAUCCAGGGCGAGCGGCCGUGGCGAAAAUUUUCGUGAAGAUCCCAGUGACCGCCUCACUGUCAUGCCUAAUGAUGUUAUUAUGCCUCAUCGCGAUGAUGAUGACAAUGUGGCUUAUGAUAAUCAGUCCAGAUUAUCACUUCUAGUAUCUCCAAGACCUCCUUUAAGAGCAGCCCGAGAGCUAUCAUCCGAUUCUGAAAAGCCCCCUAACCCAGCUAGAUUGUAUGGUUCCAAAGGAGCUGGUGAUAACAAUGCGAAUCAAUUUACCUAUAAUACCGACGAUCUCCAGGUACCUAGAUCAAGAACUAUGGUGUCUACCCCGAGUAGUGACUGCGAGAUGAGUCGCGACUCUGGUAUUGGUCUUUGUGGCAGGAGUGAGAGCACCAACAAAUCUUACGCCAAUAUUUGCUCCAAUAACUUAUGUUCUGACGGGAAUAAUUGUGAGGAAAAUGCCACCGUGUUUUCCAGAGGAGGAAUCACGCCAAACAAAGAUGUCUAUGAGUUUGAAGAGGACGAUAUGAUGACAAGCUCUCCUAAUUUGGGGCUACGUCGGUCCCCUCAGUGUGGGUCCUCCCCUCGUACUCCCUUAACCUGGUGUCCCCACAAUGGCGCAGUUGCAGAUACAGGGGAUGUGGGGAGCAGUACUGCGCCUCCUCCACCUCCCCUUUUCCCAGACGCUAGUAGAGACUACAAGAAUCCCAGCAAAUCUGAGCGUCAAAGACUACGCAUCAAGCUCCGUAAGCUGCACAUGAAACGCUCCCCUGUUCUCGAUGAAGUCAUCGAGGUUGGUGAUAACAUUCCUGAAGACACAACUGGAGCCCUUGAGCCAGAGUAUGAGGUGCUGACGGUUGACGGGCUGACGAGCGAAAGUAGUUACUGCGGUAAUAGUGCCAUGCCGCUCUUACCAAGCGCCAGCACAUCCAGAAGGGACACGACUCCUGUCACAACAUUAAACUCCAGUGACAGGAAAACUAGACGACCGAGCACGUCUGAAAACUCUAAUAAUAACGUAGAGAUAAAUACCAAGAACAGUAAUGUAAGUAGUAGCAAUUGUGAUAGCAUUAACUUAAGUGAUAGUUUAGUACCAAAAGAAUGCAGUAGUUCUCUAAGCAGCAGACCAGGCGGAAGGCAUGUCAAAAAGUUACGUUUAAUUAUCGGGGGUGAGAUCCGCACCCGAACGAUCAACUUCUCCUACUGAGUCUUUCUUUCCAUGAGAAUUCGGGCAUUUUACUAAAUUUCCAAAGAAGGAAAA